AAAAUAACGCUCGCGUUGCGUUUAGAUCUGAAAAACGCUGCUAUCCUUCUUCACACAGAAAACACAACGAAGAGAGAAAACACAAUUCACGAUUCAUAGCCACCGCAACCCUCACCUCGAAUGACACACGCUGCGACGUCGUCUCAUACCUUUCCACAACCCUCAAUCAAGUGUAAGAGGAGGAUCUGAACGAUGGCCAGGACGCGAUUCUGGUGAUUGCCGCAGUUACCGUGGGGAGCAAUAACGGGGUGGACCGGAGAGUGGAUCGGAAAAUGGACCGAAGCAAGAGUCGUACCGAUCUACUCGCAGCUGGCAGAAAGAAGCUCCAGCAAUACCGUCAGAAGAAGGACAAUAAAGGUGGUAGUAGCCGUGGAAAAUCAUCAAAACAAGCUGGUAAACCUCAGUUACCCGAGUCUGAUUCUGAUGCCGCAAGUAGUGCCUCAAUUUCAACGGUAUCAUCUCAGAUUACUGAUGGAAAUGUUGAAGCUGACAGUCACUCCAAUGUGGGUAAUACAGAAUCGUCAUCAGAGUCACAGUCUUUGGCAAACUCAUUAGCUCCUGACAAUACUGAUGCAUCUGGUGAUUCAUCAUCACUGGUCACUACAUAUGAUACUGGCGAUGAAAAUAUGUUGGAUUCUAAUGCGAAGCUAGCACAUCAGGUUCAUGAGGUCCGUGAGAAUGAUUCUUCUGAGUUAUCUGCCCAAGAUGAAGGGGAAAUUGCUCAAGACAUUGGUGCUGAUGUACCAGAGGAUGUGUCUUUGAGAAGUUCAGAUAAUCUGGUUCCUGAAGGUGGAACAAUGGUUGAUCAUGCAUCGGCACCUGUUGCCACUGCUGUUACAACUGCAAUUGGUGAGUCUGUUACGGAUGAAAGAGAGGGUGAAAAGAGGGAAGAAUUGUUGCUUUUAUCUGAGGAUAUACCCAAUACAUCUGUGAUGCAAACAAGGGAAGAUCAGGUAACAGAUUUAGGGGCAAUGCAGGAAGCUGAUGGUUUGGACAUGAAGAAAUCUUGUCAAGGCACUGAAGCUUUCAUAGAUGAUCAGAAGGAGCUUCCUUUGUCCGAGGUUGGUGAGAGUUAUCAGGCUCUUUCUGGAAUUACUUCAGAGAUGACUAGAAUUGAGGAGGAAUCUCAUGAAGCUGAGCAACUGGUCAAGUCAAUUGAAUUACUCUCCUCUCAUCAGGACAUUGUGUCAGAUAAGCUUUCAGGUUUUGAUAAAGGCCUGGGAGAUGAUAUUGCAACUGUGGGGCCUAUUACGAGGAAUCUGGUGAGAGAAACAUUACCAGGUUCAUCUCAUGAAGAAAUGCUCCUUCUGUCUAAUCAAGAACAGAAUAGCAAAGUAGCUCUUGGUGAACAGGAUGGGAGGCUUCAGGAGGGGCUUAAUCAGCAAUGCAAUCGUGUCAUAUUUGCAGUUGAGGAUCCAACCCACAAGUUGUCAAUGGGAGCACGUGAGGUUGGUUCGGUCGGACCAUUAGAAGUCUCGUCUGUUUUUGAUGCAAACUCAGUUAAUAUCUUGCAGCUGGCUGAAAUUAUAAGGGGGCUUAAAGCAGAAGAGUAUGAGUUUCUGCUCAAGGCAAGAGGAGCUGAGUCUAAUUUGGAUCCUUUAGCCAGUAGUACAGCUCUAUCAGACCAUGACAUUUCAGAAGCAUUUCAGAGUCUCAAGGAAGAAUUGUUUCUUGCAAAUUUAAUGAAAAAUAUAUUUAACACUCAACUAGCUGAGCAACUAGAAUCUGAUAAUCAACAUCACCAGUUGAUUGAUGAAAUAUCUCAGCUCCAUGCGUCUCAUGAUAAUGUUAAUGAGAAGAAUCAAAACCUUAUUGAAGAACUUGCUAAUUGUCGUGCUGAACUACAUGAUAUUUCUAACAAGAAUCUUGAACUACAAAAUCAGUUUAAUGCUGCCAUGGGUGAGGUAGAAGCUCUUUCUGUUAGAGUGGUUGAGCUGCAGAAUAGUUUUGAUAUGUCUCAAAAAGAUUCUUCAGACUUGUCCAGAGAGUUGGCUGACUGCAGAGGCUUGAUCUCAAGUUUACAGGUGGAAAAGAAGGGCAUUAAUGAAACACUUGAUUUGAUGAUUGCUGAGAAAAAUAAACUUGUGGAUGAGAAGGAAUUUCAUCUAUGUGAAAGUAGGAAUCUGGCAACUGAAUUAGCUGACUUCAAGAGUUCAAUGGAAGGAGUAAAAGUUGAAAAUACCAACUUAAUUGACAGGAUCUCUUUGGUGACUGAAGAGCGGAAUAAGAUUGAAGCGGAGAUUGAGCAUCUCAAACAUGAGAUUGACAGGCUGUCAUUAGAUUUGGUUUCUAAUAAAGAUUUGGUUGCAAGUCUACAGGCAGAAAAUUCCAACUUAAGUGGGAACCUCACAUUGUCAGCUGAUAAAAUUAAAAAUCUUGAAGAUGAGAAUCAACUUGUUGUUAUUGAGAAUCAACAACUGUCUUCUCAAAUUGUUGCCUUAAAUGAGCAAUUGUCUACAGAAAAAGGGGAACGAAUGAGGUUUGAAGCUGACCUUAAGGAAGCCACAAUACACUUGGGACAAAUUUCCAAGGAACAAAGCCAACCACUACCUCAACCAAGGGACCUUGGAAAUCAAGCCAAUGUUGCAUGUGAACAAAGUAAGGGGCUUGAAAUCACUAUUACUGAAGAUUCUCUGCAUAUGGAAAAGGGGCCAGAUGAAGGUGCACCAGGGGGACCACAUCUGAACAUACUUGAACAUGAAGUCUUUGAUGAUUCUCUUGGGUUUGUUUCGUUGAAGGCUUGCUUGGAUGAGGCAGAGAAGGGUUUAAUAAACCUUGAAAAGGCAAUUAAUGAGUUGCAUUCUCAAUCAUUAUCCUCCAGCAGGUCUGGGGAUAAAGUUUCUUCGCCCGUUGUAUUGAAAUUGAUACAGGCUUUUGAAUCAAAAGGACAUGAAGAUGUGCAUGAGGCAGAAAGAAGGGAUUCCAGUGAUGUUCAGUCAUCAUCAAACUCAUUUAUUAUGUUAACCAAAGAGCAAAUUGAAAAUUUGAAAAAAUUGCUUUCAAAGUGGAAGCUGGAUGUGCAGAUUGCAGGUGCAUUAUUCAAGGGAGAGAGAGACAAUCGGAAAACUGGUGAUGCAAAGUACAGUGAUCUCAGGGACCAGUUUGAACAAUUGAAGCAACAUUGUUCAGAUUUGGAAGCAUCCAACAUUGAACUUUCAGUUCAAUAUGAAACUGCAAAGCAACAUCUGGGUCAUAUUCAAGAAAAGAAAUGUCUUGUUGAGGAAAUCUGUGAUGCUUUAAAGCAAGAAGACAUCCGUCUCAAGGCCAAGAAUAAUGAACUUUAUGAAAAGCUUGGGUAUUGUCAGUCAAAAAUUAGUGAAUUGCAUACUGAAAUGAAUGAUGUGAAACAAAUUUCAAAUGAUAUGGCUUCUAUGGUUGGCAUUCAACUGGAAAAUUUGCAGAAGGAGGUGACAGAGAGGGCAAUCCUACUUGAACAAGACUGGAAUAUGACUAUUGCCCAGAUUGUUGAGUUAGUUGGGAAGCUGAACGAAUCAGUUGGUGGAGCUUUGUGCACAACGGUCUCUUCUGAUCCUUGUGAUAACUUGGAUAUCAGUCAUCAGUUAGAAGUUUCGGUUAAUGCAGCUGCUGAAAUGAUUUUUGAUCUGCGGAAGAAACUUGAAGCUACUUGUUCAGAUCAUGAAAUAAUGUGCACAUCGUAUAAAGAAAUGAAUUCAAAAUGUAAUGAUCUGCUUGGGAGGAAUGAAUUGGCUGACAGUCAAUUGCAUAAAAUGUACAGUGACCUGAGGAACCUCGUGCUCAGUAAUGGUGGGACUAUUGAUGAAGAUAAGAUAGAUGUACUAAGUGAAGCACUGCCUGAUCUUCUGAACUAUAAUAGCUAUCAACCCAUCUUGGAAAGUCUUGGGAAUAUAUUGACCAAGAAGCAGGAACUUGAGUCUGUUACCAAGGAGAUGAAGUUAGAAUUGAUGCAGAGGGAAACAGAAUUGGAAGAAUUGAAGAUGAAGUGCAUUGGUUUAGAUUCUGUUAAUAAGCUAAUAGAAGAUGUGGCAGGUGUGUUGAAUAUGGACAUUUCAAAGACUGACAUAAAUGAAUCGCCCCUUUCUUGCUUAGAUUCAUUAGUGUCUAGUCUUGUACAGAAAACCAGAGAGGCUGAAAUCCAGUAUCACAUGACUAAAGAAGGAUAUGGAUCUAAGGAGAUGGAAUUGGCUGAACUAAAGGAAAAAAUGCAUUAUCUAGACACACUGCGUCUUGAGAAUGAAAAUGAAAUUCUUGUUCUGAAGGAAAGCUUACAUCAGGCAGAGGAAGCUCUUACUGUUGCUCGUUCUGAAUUACACAAGAAAGCAAAUGAACUUGAGCAUUCAGAACAGCGGGUGUCAUCCAUUCGGGAGAAACUUAGCAUAGCUGUUGCCAAGGGGAAAGGGUUGGUUGUACAGCGAGAUGGCCUCAAGCAGUCCUUGGCAGAGAACUCUAGUGAAUUGGAGAGAUGCUUACAAGAGUUACAGUUGAAAGAUGCAAGACUUCAUGAGGUUGAAACAAAACUCAAGACAUAUGCAGAGGCUGGUGAACGUGUGGAAGCCCUGGAAUCUGAGCUUUUUUACAUUCGUAAUUCAUCUAAUGCUUUGAGAGAGUCAUUUCUUCUUAAAGAUUCAAUGCUUCAGAGAAUAGAAGAGAUAUUGGAAGAUGUAGAUCUUCCAGAGCAGUUUCAUUCAAGAGAUAUAAUUGAAAAGAUUGAUUGGUUGGCUAGUUCAGUUUCUGGAAACUCAUUGCCAAUGAAUGAUUGGGAACAAAAGGAUGCUGUGGGAGGAGGUUCAUACUCUGACGCUGGCUAUGUUGUCACAGAUUCAUGGAAAGAUGAUAGUCAACUACAACCAGAUUCAGAUGACUUUAGAAAAAAGUUUGAGGAGUUGCAGAGUAAGUAUUAUGGGUUGGCUGAGCAAAAUGAAAUGCUGGAGCAAUCAUUGAUGGAAAGAAACAGCUUAGUUCAAAGAUGGGAAGAGCUUGUGAAUAGGGUUGAAAUGCCUUCACAUUUGCAGUCUUUGGAGACAGAGGAUAAGAUUGAAUGUAUAGGUACAGCGCUCACCGAGGCUAAUCAUCAUAUAGACUCUAUGCAGCUGAAGAUUGAAAAAUAUGAUACCUAUUGUGGAUUGCUAAAUGCUGAUCUUGAAGAGUCCCAGAGGGCAGUAUCUGCUCUUCAAGCAGACCUUAGCGCUCUUACAUCUGAGAGAGAGCACCUUUCUGAAAAGAUGGAGGCUUUGGUGUAUGAGCAUGAGAAACUAUCAUCGCAAACAAGGGAGGCUGAGCUUGAGAAUGGAAAGCUGCAUAAUGAAAUAUCUAGUUUGAAGGAUAAAUUGGAACAAAAAGCUGCAAUUGAAGAACAAAUUUCCACUAUUGAUGGUAAAAUCAGAAAGUUGUGGGACUUGGUUUGUGAUGCCUUGUCAGAAUCUGAAAUAGAAAAUAUGGUUUCUGGCAGUGCAAAUAUUGAUUCCUUGGAAGAACUGCUGGGAAAGCUUGUAGAAAAGCUGGGCUUGGAACAGAAACUAUCAGCACAGAGAAGGGAAGCUGAACAUGAGAAUGAAAAGAUGCAUAAUGAAAUAACUAGUUUGAAGGAUAAAUUGGAACAGAAAGCUGCAAUUGAAGAACAAUUUUUCACCAUUAAUGGUAAGAUAAAAAAAUUGCAAGACUUAGUUGGUGAUGCCUUGUCAGAAUCUGAAACAGAAAACCUGGUUUCUGGAAGUGUGAGCAUUGAUUCCUUGGAAGAAAUGCUGAGAAAGCUUAUAGAAAAUCAUGCAAAUCUUUCAUCAAUGCAACCUGCACAUGCGGAUUUAGGUGAUGGACUCCAUUCACAGAAGGAUGAUGCUACACUUCAUUUGGAAAGAAGUACAGAUGUGCAUUAUAAAGAGGAGGCAGAUGUUGAUAGAUAUAAAAUAGAUCUUGAAGAGUCCUUGAAUGAAUUGAUGCAUGUGAAGGAGGAGAGAGAUAGAUCUUUGGAAAAACAUAUAUCUUUAUCUGGUGAAGUUGAAGCUCUGAAUAAAAGAAUUGAGGAAUUGCAAGGGCUUCUUAAUCAGGAGGAGCAGAAAUCAGCUUCUGUUAGAGAGAAGUUAAAUGUUGCGGUCAGGAAAGGUAAGUCAUUGGUUCAACAACGAGACAGUCUAAAACAAACCAUUGAAGAGAUGACUGUUGAGAUGGAGCACUUGAAAUCUGAGAUCAACAACCGGGACAAAACUCUUGCAGAGCAUGAACAGAAGUUGAGACAGUUGUCAACCUACCCAGAUAGGUUAGAAGCUCUUGAAUCUGAGAGUUUGAUUCUGCAGAAACAUUUGGAAGAAACUGAGAGCCAUUUGCAGGAGCAAGAAUAUUCUUUGAAAUUGAUUUUGAACAAGUUAGGUGAGAUUGAGGUUGGUGGUGAAGAUCAUAUAAGUGAUCCAGUGAAGAAGUUAGAACAGGUUGGGAAAUUAUGCUCUGAUCUACAAAGUGCUGUGGCAUCUUUAGAACAAGAUUCCAGGAAGUCUAAAAGGGCAUCAGAACUCCUCUUGGCAGAGUUAAAUGAGGUUCAAGAAAGGAAUGAUAGUUUUCAGGAGGAGCUCGCAAAGGUGACUGCUGAACUGUGGGAUCUCAGAAGAGAAAGGGAUUCAGCUGAGGCUGCCAAACUGGAAGCGCUUGCACAUGUUGAAAAGUUAUCAGCCUUGCAUGAGGAGGGAAAAAAGAGCCAUUUUUCUGACAUCAUGGAAUUAAAAUCUGGUAUGAACCAAGUCUGCAAAAGCUUUGGUGAGGUUCAGAAUUUGCUGUCUAAUGCUUUGUUCGUGGAUUUGGAAUCUUAUCGGAAACUGGGGGCUGGUCUUGAGUCAUGUAUGGAAGGAAACAAUGCUACAUAUAUGGUGGUUUCAUCGGUCACCAAAGAACAUGAUGGCAUUUUACACUGGUCAUCUGCUAAUAAGAGGAGCUCUGUGUCUGCAGAUCCUUGGUCAGAUUUUGACACAAUUGACCACUAUGAUGAUAAUACUAUAGUUGAAGUUAUUCAUCUAUUUGGGCAUCAACUGAAAGAGCUCAUGGUGGAGGUCAAUUCUCUUAAGGAAAGAAUAAAUAUGCACUCAAGUUUGGCACAGGAGCAAGAUAAAACUCUAUCUAAACUCAUGGCAAGUAUUCAAAGGGAAAUGACUUCCCAAAAAGAGUCUUGUGAAACCAUGAAGAAAGAAGUAAGUGAGCAAGAUAAGAAAAUUGCUGCAUUACGUGGGAACAUUGCCUACCUUUAUGAAGCAUGCAUUAAUUCUAUCAUUGUACUUGAAAAUGGAAAAGCUGAACUGGACGGAAAGAAGGUUGAAUCUUCUGAUGUAGGAAUUAACUUGGAAACACCUUCAUUUGAUGAUGGCAUAUUUGAGGAAUGUGUUAAAACCAUGACAGAUAGAUUGCUGUUAGCUGCAAAAGGGUUUGCUAGUAUAAAAACUGAAUUUUUAGAUUCUAAUCAAAAGGAAAUGAAGGCUACUAUAACAAAUUUGCAGAGAGAGCUUCAGGAGAAGGAUGUUCAAAGAGAUAAGAUUUGCUCAGAACUUGUAAAACAGAUCAAAGAUGUUGAAGCUGCUGCAAGCAGUUACUCUCAGGAUCUUCAAGCUUUUAGGAGUCAAGAACACAAUUUAAAGAAACAGGUGGAAGCAAUUGAGGAAGAAAGGAAGAUACUGGAACAGAGAGUGGAUGAGCUGCAGGAGAGGCAGAAAACCGCAGAUGAAUUAGAGGAGAAAAUGAGGUCUCAGACUAAUUUACUGUCUUCCAAAGACCAAGAAAUUGAAGCACUAAUGCAUGCACUUGAUGAGGAAGAGGCGCAAAUGGAAGAAUUGACAAAUAAGAUUGUGACUCUUGAAAAUGUUGUUCAACAAAAGAAUCAAGAGAUUGAAAACCUUGAAUCUUCCCGUGGUAAGGUUAUGAAAAAGCUUUCCAUAACUGUUAGCAAGUUUGAUGAGCUUCACCAACUUUCUGCAAGUCUUCUUUCCGAGGUUGAAAAGCUGCAAUCUCAGUUACAAGAAAGAGAUACUGAAAUUUCUUUCUUGAGGCAAGAAGUUACUAGAUGCACUAAUGAUGUUCUUCUUGCAUCACAAAUGAACAACCAAAAAAGUACUGAUGAGAUCUUUGAGUUCUUGAUGUGGGUUGAUAAGAUUGUGGCUCAUGAUGGGGUGCAUGAUAUACAUCCAGAUAUGAAGAGCAAUAGUCAAGUUCAUGAAUGCAAAGAAAUACUUCAUAAGAAGUUGAUGUCUUUGUUGUCAGAAUUGGAGAAUCUAAGAGAAGUUGUAGAAAGCAAGGAUGUGAUGUUGCAAGUAGAAAAGAGUAAGGUAGAAGAAUUAAACCGCAGAACAGAAACCCUUGAGACAUCCUUACACGAGAAAGAAUCGCAAUUGAAUUUGCUUGAAGGUGUGGAAGAAACUGCCAAGGGAGCUGGCACAAGCUCAGAAAUUGUGGAGGUUGAACCAGUGAUGAAUGAGUGGUCGUCGUCAGGUGCUUUUAUAACACCUCAAGUUCGCAGUUUGCGCAAGGGCAAUAAUAAUGAUCAUAUAGCCAUUGCAGUAGAUGAAGACCCUGGUAGUACUAGUAGAAUGGAAGAUGAAGAGGAUGACAAAGUCCAUGGUUUCAAAUCCCUCACAACAUCCAAAAUUGUCCCAAGAUUUACUAGACCUUUGACUGACUUGAUUGAUGGCUUGUGGGUUUCUUGUGAUCGGGCUCUAAUGAGACAACCCAUCUUGCGGCUUGGAAUUAUAAUUUAUUGGGCCAUAAUGCACGCACUCCUUGCCUUUUUUGUUGUUUGAGGCGAGAGGCCCUGAUUUGGCUUUAUAUGAUUAAUUGGCCUACUUUAAAAUGCUAAGCCGGUUACAGGAAGUGCCACCUUAUAGACCAGAGUUCCAUGAUUGAAUCCACUUAUGCUUGAAAAAAGUACUCAGUUAAUUUGUACAGUUAUCUUCCUUCUGCUUGCUUCUUGUUGCGGUGUGAGGCAGUACAGGUAUAAUAAAAGUAAAGAUGCAGCUGCUAGAAAGAGUUAUAGACAGAUGAGAAGGCCAUCUUUCGGAGGGUUAGUUCUUGUAAAUCUUGAACAUAUUGGGACAUUCGGUGAGCAGUAUAAUGACCAGUUAGGUAUAGAAAAACAAUUCUUUUGAAAUUUCAGGUUUUUGUUAUCUGCUUAGCCAUUAGGAAUUUCAGUUGCCAUUCUUUGUAUUCUCACAUCAAUCAUAGCAUUGCUAUAUUUUUUUUUUGGCAGUUUGUCAAGCAUUAAAAUAUAUAUAUACUUGUAAACUCCAAAUAUAUUUAGAUUUUGACCUUCAUGCUUGCUUCGUUUGCUUCCAAGUAGUAAACCAGCUUUUGAUUUCUCCAAUGCUAAGCAUUGAUGGCCCAUAACAUUGACAGAUCAAAGAAAUGAAAAGUUGCAUUUUUGUGGU